UAUCCUCCCUAUGAAGCAGGGAAUUCUGCUGGGCCAAUGGCUGGGAGCUUUCAACCUCAUGGACACGUUCAAGGGACGCCCCAUCAAACAGGACUGAAGGAGGAGAGAGGAGAAUAAAAAGUGAAGGAUGACUGAAAUGGAAGGAGCCAUGGAAGUAUUUAACCCAUCCACAUCAACACCUGAUUUAAUCUUCGUAGUGUAUUGGCCUAAUAUUACUAAUAGAGAAGGGCAGAAGAGUAGUGGAAAAGGUUGGAUUUGAAUUUUAGACUUUAAUGCCUCCAUCAUUUCAAUGGUUCAUACUUAUAUUCUAUAUAUCAAUGAAUGAUAGAAUCUUAUAUGUCUUGCACUGUAUAAUUCAUGUUUUAAGCAUUCAUAUCCUUAAUGUACUUGUUUUUUAAUUACUACAUCAUUAGUAAAAAGUGAAGUGGGAUAAUUAUCCUAAAUAUGGGAUUUUAAGGCACCGACUUAUUGUUGAGUGGCUCAGUGUUUUAUAGUCUUAAGUCAUUGCACAUUAAAACCAAGUGCCAGGGCCACGCGCUCACACUCAGGAACAGUGAAUCUGACCAAAUGGUUUUUUAAAUAUUUGGUACCUGACUUUGUUAAAGUCUGGAAUCUGAUGGUCAGACCACUCAGAGUUCUUGUGUGUUCAGACUGAACACAAAGCAGAUUUUUACUUUGUGUUAUUGGCACAAGUUUGAAAACUUGAUUAUUUUGUAGUACAUCUUUAUUUACAAACGGCAAAUAUACUUUUAUGAGAUUAGCUGUACUAGGUAGCAACAUGCUAGCAUGCUACAGCUAGCUAGUGUGAGAGUAGAGACUCCUAUACUUUGCUUAUUGUUUCCAUAGAUUCAUGAAUUAGAUUGAGAUUAUGCACAAAUCAUUUUUAGCUUGUUAGGGUGCAUAUUCACCUGCGUUUGCUCGAGACAGGUCGAGUUUGUAUACACUUGGGAUUUGCCUUGUUUUGUACAAGAAAUCCCACUGCCUCCAAAAUCUACCUUGCGUAAACGCCUUUAUACAACUUAAACACACUUGUCAGAAAAAAACUGGCUUUGAGUUGGUGGCUAGAUAGAAGUAACAAGCAUCCUUAUUAAGACCUUAGCACACAAAGUCUGUGUAUUUUCGUCUGAAAUUGUUGCACGUUGAAAACUGAACAGCUUCGAUUACCUGCUUUUUCUCAUAUACGCCAAAAGCACGGUAUCAUUUUAUAACUUUAAUAGCUACUGUAUUGGUUAGAAUAUAAGAGCCCCCCCCCCCUUUUGGAAAAAUACUUUCUGAAGACCAAAUCUUGUUUUUCUAAAGAAAAUCAUUUUAUUUGAAAAUAAUUAUAAUAAAAACACAUUAAAUAAAAGGUAGGUUGUUGAUUUUAACAUAUUUUAAAUAAAAUAACUUUUUUUAUGAAAUGGUCACAACAACAACAGCCACCAUAACGCCUCUUCAAUUGUUUGUUAGCUUGACCUACUUUUGAGUUACUUUUUUCAACACAAUCGCUGUGUCUCUCCAUGUUUCAGUGGGACGGAUGGUGACAUGCAGGAUGGCAACAUUCACUUUGCCGAUAUUUGGCGCCAUCUGUUGUUGAGGGCGUAUGCUUACAUUUAAAGUGCUACACCCUAAAUUAAGAUGAGGUGAGAAAAUUAAACGGGUCAGGCGGGUGAGGAGGAGAAAGAGGAUGAAAUAGAGGAUGAAGACAGCACACAGACUCAGAGAGAGGACGGCUCAGUCCCUUCAGGUAGCCGCGGGGCCAAAUGCCAGACGUGGGCAGAGAGAGGCGACAGCCUUGGGAGGUUCCUCCAGUGGAGGGAAGCGAGGGAGAAAAUGAGAGUAGAGAGACAGAGCGAGACUAGACAGGCGACGUUGUGUUUUCACAACUAACAGAAUAAUAAGACUCAAUGUGGAAGUUUUCUGUGUGUAACGAUUUUUAUGGGAUAAAAUAAUAACACAGACUUGGUGUGCAAAGACCUUUAGUUUCCAAGUGAGUAACAUCACAUUCAGCUAUAUCCACUAACUUUUUAUUUCUUACAGUGGUGUUGCUCUUGUUACUUCCUGUUAUCUAGCUAAAGCCUGCCAUUUGACCAUGAUCUUGAGCUGGGAAUCAUUGUGUUAGAAAAGCCAUAGGAAGCUUGUAUAUUAGUGCCUAGUUAUCAGUAUACCUCUCAGUAGUAUGUUCAGCGGGCAGACAGAAAUGUGAUUGUUUCCUGUGGAUAAAAACAUUUUCAAAUUUCAGGAAUAACCUGUAGUAAUUGUUUUAUGAAGUAAUAGUUUUCAGUCAGAAUUUUUUCAAUUCCACCGAGAUUUUGAUGGUCCUAUCAUAACACUUAUUAAGCACAUUUACUAACAUGUUGCAGUCUAUAAUGGCGAGAUUAUAAUAUUAUAAAGAUUGUAAGACAUGUAUCUGGGAACACGGAUCUAACUUUGUUUUAAUUUAACAAUGUGUCAUAUGUAAUGUGUAACUGAUAGCUAUCAUAUGAAUGUAUGUCAUUUGUGGACGUUUUCGUAUUGAACACAUUGAAAGAAUGUUUAAUUACUGAUUAAAUGGAUUGCAAAUAAGAGUUUACACAUUUUGCCUGAAUCAUGCCGUUAAAUGACUCAUAAUGGAAGUACUGGAAAUGGCAAAAGAAUGUCAUGAAUGUGUGUAUCUAAAUAGUACAUGUAUACUUAUGUGUAGUACAUACAAUAUGUUUUCAGAGCUAUUGCACAGUGUUUGAACGUUAACUACCUGGAACUAUCAUUUUUAAGAUCCUGAUCAAUACAUUCUCUGAUUUCAAA